AUGCCAAACCCUCCUCACCAAGGUCACAACCCUGAGGUUGUGGAGAUGGACGCCUCGGCUCCUAUCCAAGACAUCGUCGACGUGAUCAAGCGCGAUGGAGGCAUCAUCAUCAAGAACUUCCUCACUCCCGAAACUAUCGACCAGAUCCACGCUGAGGCAGAGCCAUUCUGGAAGACCCUCGGACAAUACCAGGGAAAGCUGUUCGAUGCCACCGACCCCCCUCUCUGCUCUUUCGCCGCCAAGUCUCGCACCUUCGCCCACAAGGCCAUCAACCACCCCACAUACAGAGAAGUUGCCAAGGCUCUAUUAAAAGAGGAAUCUACCGUGUACCGUGAUGGAAAGAGAUACAACGUUGUAUCGAACCCUAUUCUCGCAGUGUCGGAGGCCUUUAACCGUGGCUCUCCCUCGACCGCACAGCAGCUCCACCGCGACGAUAUGGCGCAGCACUUUGACCACCUUGCGGGGAGUGGAGAGAGCUCCCUUCUUGGCUUGCUAGUUGCUGGUGUUGACACAACUUUCGAAAACGGCGCGACCCAGGUCAUCGUCGGCUCUCACAAGUGGGCGGAGGGUGCCAUCACCGGUCCCGCCGACCGUUCUCUCUGCUCCACGUGCGAGAUGAGCAAGGGCGAUGCUGUCUUCAUUAUCGGCAGCAUCUGGCACGGUGCGGGCGAGAACAAGACCAACCCCCCAACGCGCAGAAUCAUCUACUCCUGCCACAUGACCCGCGGCACCAUGCGGUCCGACGAGAACCAGUGGAUUGCCGUGGACCAAGACAUUGUCGACAAAUACGAGCCCGAGGUCCAGGCCCUCCUUGGCUAUUCCGUCAGCCACCCCGCCCUUGGCCAUGUGGAUAUGAAGGACCCUAUUGAGAUUCUGGGCAGCAAGCCCGAUCCCUUUAGCUAUGGCAGCUUUAUGGGUCGCGAGGUCGAGACCAAGGCAUAG